CCCGGCCGUGGCGGCCUGCGGGCACCGAGGGAGCCCCCGCCGCGCCCUGGCCCCCAGAAGCCCGGCGGCGGUCCGGGAGGAGCCCAGGCCCGGGCGCAGCGAGCAAGGGGUGACGGCGUCCGCUGGAAGGUGAUGGUUCUGGACCUGCAGCCGGUGUUACCCUUGAUGUACAUAUCCGUGACCGUCCGGCUGCCCUGGAGUGGCCUCCGAGGAGGGUAGCGCUUCCUUUGGGUCCGAGCCUGCGCCUGCGUGGAUGCCCCGCCCCCGCCGCCACGGCCGGCUGAGCCCUUGGUCUCCCCCUUCAGUGUGGAGGCGAUGCCAAAGCUGCAGGGCUUCGAGUUCUGGAGCCGCACCCUGGGGGGGGCUCGCCACGUGGUGGCGCCCAUGGUGGACCAGAGUGAGUUGGCUUGGAGGCUGCUGAGCCGCCGACACGGGGCCCAGCUCUGCUACACCCCCAUGCUACACGCCCAGGUCUUCGUCCGCGAUGCCAACUAUCGGAAGGAGAACUUGUACUGCGAAGUGUGCCCCGAGGACCGGCCUCUCAUUGUGCAGUUCUGUGCCAAUGAUCCAGAGGUGUUUGUCCAGGCGGCUCUCCUGGCGCAGGAUUACUGUGAUGCCAUCGACCUGAACUUGGGUUGCCCGCAGAUGAUAGCCAAGCGAGGUCACUACGGUGCCUUCCUGCAGGAGGAGUGGGACCUGCUCCAGAGAAUGAUUCUGCUGGCGCACGAGAAACUCUCUGUCCCCGUCACAUGCAAAAUCCGUGUCUUCCCGGAGAUUGACAAGACUGUGAAGUAUGCCCAGAUGCUGGAGAAGGCUGGCUGCCAGUUGCUGACCGUGCACGGGCGCACCAAGGAGCAGAAGGGGCCCCUGUCGGGCACUGCGUCCUGGGAGCACAUCAAGGCCGUGCGGAAGGCAGUGGCCAUCCCCGUGUUUGCCAAUGGGAACAUCCAGUGUCUGCGGGACGUGGAACGUUGCAUCCAGGACACAGGAGUCCAGGGGGUCAUGAGUGCAGAGGGCAACCUGCACAACCCCGCCCUGUUUGAGGGCCGCAGCCCCGCCGUGUGGGAGCUGGCCGAGGAGUACCUGGACAUCGUGCGGCAGCACCCCUGCCCCCUGUCUUACGUGCGGGCCCAUCUCUUCAAGCUGUGGCACCACACGCUGCAGGUGCAUCAGCAGCUCCGGGAGGAGCUCGCCAAAGUGAAGACCCUGGAGGGUGUUGUGGCCGUGAACCAGGAGCUGAAGCUGCGGUGUCAGGAGGAUAUAUCCAGGCAGAAGGAGGGAGAGGAGCCAUCUGGCGGCUUGCCUUUUUUCCACUGGAUCUGCCAGCCCUACUUGCGGCCAGGGCCCCGGGAAGGGAGCAAGGAGAACGGGGGUGCCCGCAGCAAGCGGGCCCUGGAGGAGGAGGAGGGCGGCACAGACGUCCUGUCCAAGAACAAGCAGAAGAAACAGCUGAGGAACCCCCACAAGACCUUCGAUGCCUCGCUGAAGCCAAAAUACGCAAAGUGUGAUCAGUGUGGAAACCCAAAGGGUAACAGAUGUGUAUUCAACCUGUGCCGGGGCUGCUGCAAGAAGCGAGCUUUCAGAGAGGCUGCAGACUGCCCAGGUCACGGAUUGCUUUUUAAAACCAAAUUGGAGAAGUCUAUGGCCUGGAAGGGGGCCCAGUCCCGGCCGCAGGAGUCUCAGCCAGCAGGAUCUGGGGAGCCAGGCGGCCUUCCUGAGGUUGUGGGCAGUGCCCUGGCCUGAGGGGCAGCUGGAGCACGACACACCGGCCCACCAGGCCCCAGGACUGCUGCUGAGACCUCAACACGUCCCACUUAAGGAAAUGCCUUUACUCAGGGAAUCUCCGCUACUCAACACAGAAGGAUGAGCUGGUCUUCCCCUCGGCCUCCACUGGGAGCCCAGAAAUGCUGCACCAGGGAGCAGGCUCCCAGGCUGGACCUGCCCCCUCCUUGCAACGUGUGUGUUAGAAGUGAACAAUAAAUCCUUUCAAAGAUGCA